UACUGCUUUACCAUGUACCAGAACCAGAAUGGCAAUGUGACCAGCAAAAAAACAGACAGUUGAAUGGGGGGAAAGAAAAGGAGAAAUGGAAAAUAUCUCAAGACAGCGGUUGUUGGGUGCUUGAAAGUUGGACGAAAUGAUAGCCCAAUUGCCACUAACUUCAAUUAUACAUCUUCCCCCCUUCUGCUUUUCCUGGUCUCUCACUCUCUCACGCUUCACAAGACCCACAUUUCUCUUUCAUAUCUUACCUUAUUCUUCUUUCCUUAUCUCUUCUUUCUCCCUUCUUCACACAGCAUAAAGGACGAGAGCAGAAGUUUCAACCAGAAACUAACUAACUGCCUUUUAGUUCCAUUUGGCAGUGAGGUAGAGAGAACUUGAGAAGCUAUGGCGUUUGCAGGAACAACUCAGAAGUGUAUGGCUUGUGACAAGACUGUUUAUCUCGUCGACAAGUUGACCGCCGAUAACCGGAUUUAUCACAAGGCCUGCUUCAGGUGCCAUCACUGCAAAGGAACACUCAAGCUUGGUAACUACAAUUCCUUUGAAGGGGUGCUUUACUGCAGGCCACACUUUGAUCAGCUGUUCAAAAGAACUGGAAGUCUUGAGAAAAGCUUUGAUGGAACUCCCAAGAUUGCAAAACCAGAAAAAACUAUUGACACUGAGAAACCUAUAGUAUCCAAAGUCUCAAGCAUGUUUGGUGGAACUAGAGAGAAAUGUUUUGGCUGCACGAAGACUGUCUAUCCCACUGAAAAGGUAUCGGUCAAUGGAACUCCUUACCACAAAAGCUGCUUCAAAUGCAUCCAUGGAGGCUGUGUGAUUAGCCUGUCCAACUACAUCGCACAUGACGGCCGCCUCUACUGCAAACACCACCACAAUCAGCUCAUCAAGGAAAAGGGCAAUUUGAGCCAGCUUGAGGGAGAUGCUCCUGACCAUGUUGCUGCUACUGAGAAGGCGAUUGCAACAGAAGUCGCUGCUGAAUCAUAAAUAUGCUCAACAGAACUUCCGGCUUUUACUGUUGAACUUUUCCAAUUUGAUUUUCUUCCUCUUAUGAGUUACUACAAAUUCCCUGCAGUGCGAAAGAUUUUCUGCUUCCAAAUUACAUAAAACUCUUUUGAGUGUUUCUCAUGAGCUUGAGUGGCC